AUGGGAGACAUAAGGGCAAUGUUUCACCAAGUUAGAGUCCCACCAGAGCAGAGAGACUUUCUUCGCUUCCUGUGGUGGCCAGAAGGAGAUCUUAUCCAACAUCCUAAGGCUUACAGGAUGUGUGUUCACCUAUUCGGUGGGACAUGGAGCCCAAGUGUUUGUAGUUUUGCUCUUAGACAUACAGCUGAAGAAUUCAAGACCGAAUAUUCUCCAGAAGCAGUGGAUGCUGUCGGUCGUAACUUCUAUGUAGAUGACUGUCUCGUUUCAUGCGAAACAGAAGAUGAUGCAAUCAAGCUUGUAGCUGAACUCAUGACGCUGCUCAAGAGGGGUGGAUUCGAAGUGACCAAGUGGAUAAGCAACAGCCCAGCUGUGAUCAAGUCUGUGCCUUUGGAAGAUCGAGCUAAAAACAUUGUGGGACUCGAUUUGAAUCGGGAUGCCUUACCAGCAGAAAGGGCACUUGGAGUAACAUGGGAUGUAGAACUGGACUGCAUCACCUAUAAGAUCACCCCCAAGGGCAAACCAGUAACGAGGAGUGGAAUUCUGAGUGAGAUAGCAUCAAUAUAUGACCCCUAUGGAUAUGCCAGUCCAUUCGUCUUGGUUGCCAAGAGAAUCCUCCAGGAUCUAACUGCUCUGAAGCUUGGAUUUGAUGACCCAGUUCCAGAUGAACACCAUUCCAGGUGGCUAAAAUGGAAAGAAUGGCUUCCCUUAAUGAGCAACUUCAGAGUGAGCAGGUGUUUCAGACCCUUUGAUGAUGUGAACGAGUACCAACUGCAUCAUUUCUGUGAUGCAUCUGAGUCGGCGUACGGUGUAGUGUCUUACCUGCGCAUGACCAGUGAAGAAGGACAAGUCCAUUGCAACAUAAUUCUGGCUAAAGCAAAAUUAGCACCUCUGAAGAAGAUGACAAUACCUCGCUUAGAGCUCAUGGCGGCAGCACUUGCAGUCACAAUGGAUAGAAAGAUCAGAAAGGAGCUGGACUUUCCCUUGAAUGAGUCUGUCUUUUGGACAGAUAGCACAAUAGUCCUCCAUUACAUCCGCAGUGACAACAAGCGCUUUCGGACAUUUGUGGCUAACAGGAUAUCUACCAUCCGUGAUGCCUCGGAGCCCAGGCAGUGGAGAUAUGUCAACACAGAAAAGAAUCCAGCUGAUGAUGUAUCAAGAGGUCUAACGCCAGACAAGCUCAAUGGCAGAUGGCUCAAGGGACCAUCCUUCCUAUGUGCUGAUGAGAUGGAAUGGCCUAUCGCUCCAGCUGAUCUGCAAGUGCCACCAAGUGAUCCAGAAAUCAAACCACCUACAGAAAAUGCCAGUGCAUUCACAACUCAGUCAGAGGAGAAGUCAUUGGAAAGGCUUAUCAACACAUAUUCCUCCUGGUAUAAGCUGAGGAGGGGAGUGAGCUGGCUAUUGAAGUUCAUGCAGUGGUUGAAACUCAAAGGAAAAACCCAGACAGAGCAAGAGCUGAGGGACUUCAAAAGGAUCAGUUACGACGACAUGCAGAAAGCAGAGAAGAGAAUUUUGCAUUACGUGCAAAAAUGUUUCUUCCAGAAGGAGAUUGAAUCAUUGACCGAUUCAGAUGGUAAAGUGACAAAGACAAGUCAACUCUACAAGCUGGACCCUAAGAUAGUCGAGGGUCUUGUUAGAGUUGGAGGAAGAUUAGAGAGAUCAGCUCUACCAUUAGAAGCCAAACACCCAGUCGUCUUACCCAAGGGAAGUCACGUGUCAGAUCUGAUCUUGAGAGAUGUUCAUGUAAAGGCAGGGCAUAGUGGAAGAAAUUAUGUCCUUUCUGUGCUCCGUGAGAAGUAUUGGAUGCUUGGAGCAGGAGCAGCUAUCAGGAGCAUGAUUAGCAGAUGUGUCAUGUGCAGGCGGCAAAGAGGGAAGAUGAUGAGUCAGAAGAUGGCUGACCUGCCUGAGAAUAGACUGUUACCUGACGAGCCUCCAUUUUCCAAGGUUGGCAUUGACUAUUUCGGCCCCUUUGAGGUUAAAAGGGGUCGCAGCAUGGAGAAGAGAUAUGGAGUCAUGUUUACAUGUCUUACCACACGCGCCAUUCAUUUGGAAGUCGCUCAUUCUUUGGAUACGGACUCUUGUAUCAGUGCCAUUCGUCGUUUCAUCGCUCGCAGGGGCAAUAUCAAGGAGAUGCUCUCAGAUAAUGGCACUAAUCUUGUGGGCGCUGAGAGAGAGCUGAAAAGAGAAAUAGAUGGAUGGAACAAAGCUCAAAUCAGCGCAGACCUGCUCCAGAAAGGCAUCAAAUGGACUUUCAACCCACCCACUGCUUCCCAUUUUGGAGGAGUCUGGGAAAGGCAGAUUGGGACUGUGAGAAAGCUCAUACUGGCAGUAACUAAGCAACAGGUGCUCUCAGGUGAAAGUCUGACAACUCUCUUCUGCGAAAUUGAGAGCAUCGUCAACAACAGGCCUCUAACAAGUGUAUCAGAUGAUGUCAAUGAUCUUGAGGCCUUGACUCCCAAUCACCUACUUCUGCUGAACAGGAAGCCGCAACUGCCACCAACAGUGACGGACAGAUCAGAUGUCUACUCGAGAAGGAGGUGGCGUCAAAUACAGUAUCUCGCCGACGUAUUCUGGAGGCGCUGGUCUAGAGAGUACUUACCGCAGUUGCAAAGAAGAGAAAGAUGGGUACCAUCGCAUCGCAAUCUUCAGAUUGGUGACUUGGUGCUGGUUGCCGAUGCAAACACUCCGCGGAAUUCGUGGCUGCUGGGAAGAGUACUUCAAACUUUCCCAGACAAGAAAGGCUUCACCCGUAGUGCGAACAUCAAGACAAAGAAUAGCGUAAUUGUUCGUCCUAUCUCGAAAUUGUGCCUGAUUUUGGAAGGAGAUUGUUAA